CCCGCCCCGCCGGCUGCGCGGGUUCGCCGAGCCCGGAGGAGGGAGCGCUAGCUACCCCGAGCGGGAGGGAGCUUGCAGACUCCGGCUCAGAGCAGCUGUCUGGACACCUUGGGUUUUGGGGUGGGGAGCGCCGGCGACUGUGAACACGGACUCCGCCGCGGGAGCCUGUCUCAGGAUGCUCUUUCUUUUGUCUGCCCAGCCCUGGAGUACAUUAGCAGCAGGGAAUACUUUCUCUCCUCAGAGAGAGCAACUGGUCCCGCCAGCUGUAACACACGUGGCUGGGCAGACUUCCAGUCACUGCCUUCAUCCUCCAGCUCCUCUGCCAGAAAGGUGGUGCUGGCUCGCUGCCAGAACAGCAGCCGCCUUCUGUGCUGUCACAGCCUCCUGCCACCAGCUCUGCAGCCACUUACCUCAAUCCCUGCUACCUACUCCAUGGUCCAAUCCACCCACUUUGGAUGCACAGAUAGCUGUGAAGCUCCUCUGGCGUCUGCCCUGCCCCGGGCUUCCUUCAGCAGCUCCUCAGAGCGGUCCAGCAGCCACGGCCCUGGCUUUGCAAGCCUUAAUCGCAGAGACGGAGCUGGUGGCUGGUCUCCCCUUGUGUCAAAUAAAUACCAGUGGCUGCAGAUUGACCUUGGAGAAAGAAUGGAGGUCACAGCUGUGGCCACCCAGGGAGGAUACGGGAGCUCCGACUGGGUGACCAGCUACCUCCUGAUGUUCAGCGAUGGCGGGAGGAACUGGAAGCAAUAUCGACGAGAGGAAAGCAUCUGGGUAUGUGCUUUAUUGAAAAGCAGUCUGUCGGAGUAUGAAUUAUGCCAGUUACUGCAUGUUGCUGCCCAUCUGUCAGAUCAAGUAUAGAAACAGAGCCUCCUAAGUUACUUGAAAAUGUUUCCACUGAAUGUAAGCCACAUGUGACGUUCCAGAAUACACCGUCCAUGGCUAAUUUAUGAAAUAAGUAAAACAAUUUUAUAAUGUAGGGAAAUAUUGAAAAUGUCUUCCCAUUAUUCCUUUAAAUAGUGUGAAGUCUAAGGAAUAAAUAAGUCACAUACAACUGAUUUUGUUUGAUAACAAACACAAUAGUUCAUAUUGCCUCAGCAUUUUUAAAUAAAGCGAAUUCAUUUUCUCUGUGCCCUCUGAUAAACUGAAAUUUCUGAAAGACCCUGAACAUGUAAAAAUAGAUGUAAUGGAGAGUCUCUCUGUGGAGGA